CACCUCUGUAGCCGUUUAGCUUCCGCCUAACUGCCAGCCGAGUCAAAACUCGAUUCCCCCACUUCGCUCCCGUUUUUUUCCACAGCCAGUUGAGCUAACGCUGCUCUGAAAAGAUUUCCAAAUGAGUGACGGAGAGUGUAACUUCUUCUGCUUCUUCCGCUGCUGCUGAGCGCACUCUGUUGCGCCUCAGUCAGACAGGAAGACAGGGUGUCUCUCAGCACUGACACCAGGUGGAAAGUGGGAGUUGAAGCUUCAGUCAACCCAUUUAAUCCACAACUGGACCACUUGAAACUGACAGGUAGGCGGCUUUGUCUACCUGUCCGGGUGAUUCAUUUAAAUCGGCUAGAUGUCUGUGGACAUGAACAGCCAGGCAUCUGACAGCAAUGAGGAGGACUUUGGAGUGAACUCUGAAGAAGACGAGGAUGAAGACGAUGGAGGAGAAGAGGAGGAUCAAAAUUACUAUUAUGAUGGAGUGGCCAGUGACGUGGAGCAACAGGGCGCUGAUUCCUUUGACCCAGAGGAGUAUCAGUUCACCUGUCUGUCGUACAAAGAGAGUCAGUGUGUGCUGACGGAGGAAGUAAAUACUGUCGCCGCUGCUUUGAAGGUUUCACCGUCGGUAGCUAAACUGAUCCUGGUGCAUUUUCACUGGCAGAUUUCACAAAUUCUGGACAGAUGUAAGUCCAACUCGUCUCUGCUUUUGUCAGAAGCUCUGGUCCAGCCCAGCAGUAUGUGCAGAUUAGUCACUGCUCCUCAGACCCUCCAGUGUGGUGUGUGUCUACAAAUUGUACGGAGAGACUCCCUGCUGGCACUGCCUUGUCAGCACUCCUUCUGCAAAGCAUGCUGGGAGCAGCACUGCACCGUUCUGGUCAAGGAUGGUAUUGGAGUAGGUAUCUCGUGCAUGGCUCAGGACUGUUCCUUGUGUAUGCCAGAAGACUUUGUCCUGCCACUGCUUCUUGGGGAGGAGCUAAAGGACAAAUACAGACGCUAUCUCUUCAGAGAUUAUGUUGAGAGUCACUUCCAGCUGCAGUUGUGUCCGGGUGCAGACUGUCCUAUGGUCAUCAAGGUGCAGGAGCCUCGGGCGCGCAGAGUUCAGUGUAGCCGCUGCAAUGAAGUUUUCUGCUUCAAGUGUCGUCAGAUGUACCACGCACCCACAGACUGCGCAACAAUUCGAAAAUGGCUGACCAAAUGUGCAGACGACUCGGAGACUGCAAACUAUAUCAGCGCACACACUAAAGAUUGUCCAAAGUGCAAUAUCUGCAUUGAAAAGAAUGGAGGAUGCAAUCACAUGCAAUGCUCCAAGUGCAAGCAUGACUUCUGCUGGAUGUGUCUUGGAGACUGGAAGACUCAUGGCAGUGAAUAUUACGAGUGCAGCCGCUACAAAGAAAACCCAGAUAUAGUCAACCAGAGCCAGCAGGCUCAGGCCAGGGAGGCCCUUAAAAAAUACCUCUUCUACUUUGAAAGGUGGGAGAAUCAUAACAAGUCUCUACAGUUGGAGGCUCAAACGUAUCAAAGAAUCCAGGAGAAGAUCCAGGAGAGAGUAAUGAACAAUCUGGGCACUUGGAUCGACUGGCAGUACCUGCAUAAUGCUGCAAAGCUACUAGCUAAGUGUCGGUACACGCUGCAGUACACCUACCCCUACGCCUAUUACAUGGAGUCAGGCCCACGCAAGAAACUGUUUGAAUACCAACAGGCCCAGUUGGAAGCAGAGAUAGAAAACCUGUCGUGGAAGGUGGAGCGGGCCGACGGCUACGAGAGAGGUGUUGUUGGAGGCGAGGGCGAACUCAGCGCCAGUGACAGAGGGGAUCUGGAGAAUCAGAUGCACAUUGCUGAGCAGAGACGACGCACGCUGCUGAAGGACUUUCACGACACCUGAGGCUCCAAACGCGACUGCAGUGCACCAGCAUCUCCCUCCGAACUUUCUUCCUUGCCUCCGACCUACGCUUCCUUCCAUGAUGGCCUGUCAUUGCAGUCAUACUGACCCCUCCCUUUGUUUCUCUUUUUCACAUGCUUGUUUGCUUCUGUUCUGUUUUCUCGCCUCUCACUACUACAAUGCUGCAGGGUCACAGAAUAUCACAACUUUAUCACCCCCCAUAAUUUAAUUUCCUCCUUAUUUACACCUCUGCAUUUCUGCGUCACAUCCGCGGUGGUUACACUUAUUUCAGCUCCACAUAUCUGAUCAUGUGGGUCAAUGUUUCAGGUCUCAGGGCUACAAGCAGUGGAUUUUCUUUAUUGUGACGUUUGCAUCUUAUCUGGUAGAUAUUCUCCAAAGUUACUCCUGGAAUCGGUUUAAGAAAAAAGAAGCUUGUGCUAUUAGGUGGAUGAGGAAGAUGUGUGAAAAGUUAUCACCUUUUUUCUUUAAGGUGAUUGUCAUAUAGUGUAUUUGUUGUUUUAAAUAAACCAUAAUGACUUACAGGCACAAGUCACAUGUAUUAGUCACUUGUUCCUUUAUAAACCAACAUAAAAAAACAGUUGAAUUUUUUAAUAAUAAAAAUGAAUAGUGAUGGAUGAAAUGAUUUCCUCAGAAGUAGCAUAGUUUAAAUUUGUUUACAGUAACUUGCAGCCCUCGGCUUGUUUC